GCAAGGCGGGCGCACGGCUCAAGGAAGAUGACAGCCUAGAUGAGGUUGUGUAUGUAAACGACCACGAUCAUCUUCUAUUUUUCACCACCGAAGGCCGCGCCUACUCGCUGCGGGCAUAUGACGUGCCUGAGGGCACCCGUACCGCUGUUGGUUCCGCUGUGACGCAGGUGCUACCAUUUGACAAGAGCACCCGCAUCGCGGCCAUGGUGCCCGUGUCCGGCUUUGGUGCAGCGCUGGGGUCUGCGGAGCAGGAUGUCGUGAUGCUGACGCGCAAGGGCCAGAUAAAGCGUACAGCGCUGAAGCAGUUUACCUCCAUCAACCGCAGCGGCCUGGUAGCCAUGGGUGUCCGGGUACCGCAGGAGUUGCGGAUGAAGUCUGCCGUGGCCUGCGCCUUGGAUCCAUCCAGGUCGCUGGCCACCACCUUGGCUCCCUGCUGCGCAAACAGGAUGGCCGCCUGCAGCAGAG